UACAACCUGUGUCCUGAUUGGCUUUAGCCAACCAGUAUCAUUAGCUAUUGGUAGAUUGUUACCAAUCAAAAUCUUCAGUAGUCACUGCUGAUCUUGAGGUUCAGAGUGACUUGUGAAUUGAUGCUCUCAUAUUCUAGAGCUCCUAUAUCCUGCUGACUACUGAUUGGUUGACGUUUUAGCCAAUCAGGAACAGGCAAACCUUGACAACAUCUUCUAUCCUGCACAUCCCCCAACCAAUCAGAGGCCAGAAUGGGAGGGGCAGUGAGCGCAGGAGAGGACAAUGAGGAGCUGGUGGAUAACCUGAAGGAGGCAGACUACAUAAAAACCAAGAAGGUUGAAGAGGUCUUUCGGGCAAUCGACCGCGGGGACUACUACUUAGAAGAACACAGAGAUAAUGCGUACAAGGACUUAGCGUGGAAACAUGGGAACAUACACUUGUCCGCACCAUGUAUAUACUCAGAGGUGAUGGAGUCACUGAAGUUAAAGCCCAACCUCUCUUUUCUGAACCUGGGGUGUGGAACUGGCUACCUCAGUACCAUGGUGGGCUUGAUACUGGGUCCAUUUGGUAUUAACCACGGGAUUGAGAUCCACCAGGAUGUGGUGGAGUAUGCCAAGCAGAAGCUGUCCUGGUUCAUGAAGAACGCUGAGGUGUUCGAUGACUACGAGUUCUGUGAGCCCAGAUUUGUAAUUGGCAACUGCCUUCUACUUCCCUCUGGGUGUAAAACAUAUGACCGUGUGUACUGUGGAGCUGCCUGUCCACCAGAACAUGAGAACUACAUGAAGAACCUGCUGAAGAUAGGGGGAAUCCUCGUCAUGCCUUUUGAGGACCAAUUACAGCAAAUCACACGCACAGGACAGAACAGCUGGGAGACCAAGAACAUUCUCCCAGUAUCCUUUGCACCACUGGUUCUGCCACAGAAGUCAGACGCACCCCAAGUGGAGUUACCUGACUGCUCCUGUCGCACACUCCAAGACCUCUGUCGCAUCUCCAUCCGCCGGAUCCUCCGCGCGAACGUCAAGGCCGAGAAGCUGAAGGAGGGCGUGUCCUCCUCGAGCCGCCCCAAGCGGAAACGCAAGCGCCGGAACAGGUACCACCGGCGCAACCACGUGAGGGACCACGACUCGCGGCACGAGGCGGACGGUCCUCCCAACCACGUCAGGAAGGAGGACAGCGAGGAGAGCGAGAAGGAGAUGGAGGAGGAGAUGGAGAAGCCCAGGAGGAAUCCACUCCGGGAGAAGAUCGAACAGUUACCCCUUCCUCCUGCACUAAAACAGUACCUGAUGUACUAUAGAACCAAGUAAACGUAAGCACUCAACUUAGGCGUAAGUAUAGUUAUAUACUGAUGUUAGGCAAGGAACGCCUAGUAUUGUGUACUAGUAUUCACGCAUCUUGACUUUGUUUCAUUACUUCUCUGAGUAACAAACUAUCAAGUAGAUCUGGGGUAAAAUGUUAUCACUACAUUCUAUUCUCUGCCAAACAACUUUUAACUUUCAUACUUAUAUCCACUCAGUAGACUGGAUUUUUACAGAAAUUAGCCAUACGGGAUCAUCACCAAGCCAAGUAUUUUGUUAAGCUGCUCUGUUGUAUUUUUUAAGGUCAUGUUAGCUGUAAAUACUAAAGCUUAGCUUCUGGUAAGUUGCAUAAUGUUAAGAGUAGUGUACCUUGAAGCAGUUACUGUUUGUCAGAUUGUAUGUAGAAAAGAGCAUGCUUUUAAAGCUUCAAAAGUUUGGGGCUGAAAGCAUCACAUCAUGAAAGGGUUAAAAAUAGGUACAUGUAUCUUGUAUGGUAAAAAAACACAACUAGAAACCUCAGGGGUGGAAAAUAGCAGCAAACAGGUGAUAUCAGAAGGACACAAAACACAUAUAAUCCGUGACUAUAAAUUACUUGUCCAUGUACGUGACUGUAUAUCAUCAGUUAAGGCUGUGAGUGAACAGUCAUACUCCAAAAAGCUCCUACAACGUCACAGAUAUCCACAUUUAAAUUCCCACUUACAACUGUAGGAUUCACCAGUUUGAAUUGCUAACCAGUCCAGGUGGUAUUUGGUGAGGCUUGUAGGUUGUACAAUUGUGCACCAUUACUGGAAUGAUGUUCUCAUUUCUUUGUUGUAUCUCCGAUCCUGAGAGGUGCCUUAACACAGACUACAUGUAGAUCACAGCUACAUGCAAGGUAUGAUUUGCAGCAUGAACACUACAGGUUCCUGUCAAGGGCAGAGGUUAAUGCUAUUCCACACUGCUGCGAUGUACAUAUAUAAUUAUGCACAAAAAUGUAGUUCAUUAUUAUUCAAGAGAAAACAUUGUCGGUGGUGUAUACACUGUCAAUGACCAGACAAGAUGAGUAACACUGGACACUUAUUACUGCUAGUAAUUUUAGCAACUUGUGCAUUUGCCAAAUCACUGUAUCUCUUUAAAUCUGUCAUCAAGAAGGUCACAAUCAUGCCUGCUGCUAGCUAAUGCUGUGUACUGAUGUCUCCACAUAUAGAGCUUUCCAAGGCUGUUUACAUUCCACACUAUUCCUGCACUUGUUUGAUGAUGCAAUACCUAUCCUAGUGUUAAGCCCGGAUGAAUGAUUGUAUGUUUGAUAUGGAAUUGCUGCAGUGAUGUUUCUGUGUUCUCAUUUAUUUGAAACUUAUGUUUAAGUUUUUUUUAGCUUAAAAGAGUGACAGGUUGCAAAGUACACAUUUCACUAUUGAUAGACAUAUCUGCAACAACAGUAGGUACUGUUACUUAUUGUUUUGUUUAUUUGUUUUCUAAAAUGACAUGUUUUGGGUUGGUUUUAGAUUAACAUUAUAACAUUUAUUGUCUAGCUACUUGCUUACUUUGUCAAGUCAUAAAAUCAUCGAAUCCCUCAUCAGAGAAUCACCACUGGUAUGGAUCUAUGGUGUUUCCAGCAUGUCACCCAUAAUGGCUGUACCACCACCCCUUCUGUUUGGGGUUGGCCCAUGCACAUGGUAAUAUCAUCAUCUGUACAUGUCAUCAAGAUUCAGCUUAAAUGGUGGUUUUGUGGAGAAAGUGCAAAGUUUGUUUUAGAUGGAAGAAUGUCAUGAGUUUGUGUAACUUGUAUAUGGCUUCAUGUGUAAGGCUUCACGUGAGAGCAACAUUCAGAGGCUUAAACUUUGACUAUAAUGAUGAUGUUGAAGCUUGAUUGUACAUUAACAACCUGAAUUGAUUGAGAAGUUGUCUCUGCCUGAAUGGGUCUAUCCCAGUGCACAAUGGCACAGUAUGUGCAUGUACUAAUGGAGUCUGAACUGUUGCAUUUAGUUGUCUAGAUAUAUGCCAAAUGUUGGGGAGAAAUCUACAGGAAAUAUAUCGCUGUAGAUGUUUAUUGCGAUGUGUAAACAACAAGGAAUUUUUAUCCAAUGGAGAGAUUGUAAGACUUUGUAAGUUAAGUCCAAAUAGCUGUAGAAAUGUCGUGAUCAAGAUCAACGCAUGACAGAAACAUGGAACUAUGAAGGUGUACUUCCAAUGUUUAUGGUAAUUCAGAGAAGUCCUAGAUAUACGAAAGAAAGAUUGCUGUAUAUGUACAUAGCCAAACAUAUAUUGUAAGAAUGCUGGUCAUUGUUUGCAGCAUGUAUUUAUAGCAGUUCUGUACCUGUAAAACUUUGCAAACAAAGCAAGUAGUAGAGCAAAAUAUAAACCAAGAUUGUUGUAAA